CUCUUAGUUUGCUUGCAGUCAUGGUGAAGUUACUGGCAUCGGGUUUGCUGCUAUUGCAGUUGGUUGCGGCGCGGUUUGCGGUUACGCCUGUUAGUGAGCUCAAGAAGAAUUCAGCAGCUCGCCGUAGUGCUCUUUUGAAGCGAGACACAGACCCGACCUUGUUGUACAAAGAAUACAACCUUUCCGUCCCCGUCGACCACUUCCCCCACGACGACAAAUAUGCGCCUCACUCGACGGAGAAGUUCAACCUCCGCUACUGGUUCGAUGCUCAGUACUACAAGCCAGGUGGACCAGUCAUUGUCCUCGAAUCUGGAGAAACCGACGCAUCUAGUCGUCUCGUCUAUCUACAAAAGGGCAUAGUCGCACAGCUGAUCAAGGCAACUGGAGGCGUCGGCGUCAUCCUCGAGCAUAGAUACUACGGCACUAGCUUCCCGACUCCAGAUUUAUCUACGAAGAACUUGCGAUUCUUGGACACAGCUCAGUCCUUGGCCGAUGCAGCGUACUUCGCACAAAAUGUCAAGUUCGAAGGACUCAACGAAACCUUGACGGCGCCUGAGACUCCUUGGAUCGCGUAUGGCGGCUCGUAUUCUGGAGCUUUCGUGGCAUUUCUACGAACACAAUACCCGAAGAUCUUCUGGGGCGCCAUCUCCUCUUCUGGAGUUACAAAGGCUAUCUAUGACUACUGGGAAUAUUUCGAGCCGAUCCGCCAAUACGCACCUCCGGUUUGCGUUCGCAAUACCCAGCAACUCACCAAUGUCGUCGACAACAUCAUAUCGAAGAACAAGAGUAAGAUCGGCGAGCUCAAGGGUGCCUUUGGCUUGUCAGGUCUUACAGACAACAGGGACUUCGCCAAUAUCUUGACAUACGGAAUCUAUGGCUGGCAGAGCCGCAACUGGGACCCAGCGGUCGACAGCCCUGGCUUCUUUGAGUACUGCCAGACCCUCGUUUCGCCUGAUUUGGUCUAUCCGGAAACCGCUUCGCUCGCGCCAACGGCCAAGGACUUGAUUUCUGCCGGAGGAUAUGGUGACAACAAAGACCUGCAAACUGCCCUGCUGAACUGGAUUGGUUAUGUCAAUGAUACAGCAGUCAGCCAGUGCUCUGGGGACCAGAAUGCGUGUUUCACCACCCUGAAUGCCACAUACUUCGAACAAGAUGGCCUCGACCAAUAUGACUGGAGAUCAUGGGACUACCAAGUCUGCAGCGAAUACGGCUACAUCCAAACUGGCAACACUCCGUCCUCCAUCCUCCCCUUGAUCUCUCGCCAGAUCGAUCUAAAAUACGGCACCUUCUUCUGCCGCGCUGCCUUCAACAUUACCACCCCUCCCAAUGUCGAGAACGUGAACAAGUACGGCGGCUUCGACAUCAACUAUCCACGCCUUGCUAUCAUCGGUGGCCAAGCCGACCCGUGGAGGCCUGCUACGCCGCUCGCGGACGAGGCGCACCCGCGUAAAUCGACCACCAGCGAGCCGUUUUGGUUGAUCCCGGACGCGGUCCAUCAUUGGGAUGAGAACGGACUAUUUGCCAACGAGACGACCAGCACUCUGCCGCCUAACGCGGUGGUGUAUGCACAGCAGCUUGAGGGAGAUUUCGUGAAAGCGUGGCUGAAAGAGUGGAGUCAGAAGGGUGGGUAUAGGUGACUGGACCUUAUUUUUAAUCAGUUAGUGGGACAGCCGGAGAAGACAGGCCAAUUGAGCGAGAGACUUCCCUCUCAAUAACCAUACUAUAUCUUUGUACCUAAUCGUUAAAAAUGAGUCUAGAAGUUUAAAAUGAUAGAUUCCAAUUCAGGAUAUCAUCAGGUCUCAUGCAUUGUAAAGUACGACGCAUAUUGUUCAUUACACUACAUAAUCUCCGUGUACAUACCGAAACUGCUUUAAUCCAUCUCAGACGAUUCCUCGUCGUGGUUCUGGG